CAUUCACACACGCAAUAGUGGAGAAAUAGAGUCUCUUUUCCACAGACUCUGAAAGGCUAAAACCCAGUUCUUUCCAUUAAACCUCUUCCAGAGCAGAGAAUACCUCCAUUCUCUUCUUUCUUUCCCAGCUCCAGGAAAGUCUACUGCACAACAUCUCCAAGCUUCCAUCUUCAGAUUCUCUGCUUCUGAUUUGUCAUGAAAGGACAUGGGUUUCUCUAAAACUGCCUUCUUGCCUCUCUUCUGCCAAAACUAGCACCCCUCAACCCCCUCAAAAAAACAAAAGUCGGAGACCCACUUCCCAGCGUUAACAGAGGAGAUGGGUUGUGUAGCAUCUAAACUAGAUGAAGAAGACGACGUAGUUUCACUUUGCAGAGAGAGAAAACGCCUCUUAAAAUCUGCGGUCGAGCGCCGCUACAUGCUGGCUGCAGCACAUUGCAAGUACACUCACUCGCUCUGCGCCGUAGCAGCGGCGAUAAGGCUCUUCGUCGCUCGACAUUCCUCUCCUGCUUCGCCUUUCCUCGUAACCUUCCCGCCACCUUGCUCUGCUUCGCCCCCUUCCGAAAAGGUAAUCUCCAAUCCCAUGUUCCUCCAGCAGACGCCCUCAGAAUCGACGAAAGAAGCCAUUGACUGCCAUUCCUCCGACUCUUCAAUUUCUUCGGACUCUUCGGACGACGAAGGAAGAGUGGAGAGAGAAGUGGAAGAAGUAAAAGCGCCACUUUGUGGUUACUUCUACACUGAAAUGCCGCCUCCAAUGCCGUCACCGCAGAGGAAUUUCGGGUGGGAUUUCUUUAACCCGUUCGACGGAGUGAGGACUGAGGUGUUGAUGAGCGGGUGCGAGUUUAGUCGGAACUCCGACGAAGACUUGAAAGCGGUGAGGGAGGAAGAAGGCAUUCCAGAGCUGGAAGAGGAAGACGAGAGAGAAAGAGACGGAAGAAAGGUUGUGAUGGUUGCAGAGGAUGCUAAUGAAAGUCAUGAGGUGAACGGUGGAGUUGAGGUUCUGAAGGUGGUGGAUGGUGCUGCAAGUGUGGACCAGGGGGAGCAGAAGGGAUUAACUGUUAUCGAUACCCCUGCAAGGGGAAGGGAACUUUUGGAAGCAUUGAAGGAUAUUGAGGACCAUUUCAUUAGGGCUUAUGACUCUGGCAAGGAUGUUUCCAGGAUGCUUGAGGCCAACAGAUUUCAUCUGCAAUCUAGUCUAGAUGAGAUAAAAGAGAACUCGACAAAACUCAUCCAAGCUAUUACUUGGCAUCGGUCCACCUCAUCUCAGUCUUCAUCUUGUAAGAGUUAUCUUGCAUCCAGCUCCAAAGGUUCUUCAACAUGGACAGAGUUCAAAAAUGAUCUCUUUGACGACUAUGGUGGAAUGGAAUCAGGAAGCCAUUCAUCAACACUGGGAAGAUUGUAUGCUUGGGAAAAGAAACUUUAUGAAGAAGUGAAGGCUGGAAACCGCACAAGGAAAAUUUAUGAGCAGAAAUGCUCUCAACUGAGGCACAAGGAUGCAACGGGAGCUGACCGACAGAGUGUGGACAAAACUAGAGCUUCCGUGAAAGAUUUGUACACCAGCAUAUUAAUUGCCAUUAGAAGUGCUGAGUCAAUCUCAAAAAGAAUUGAGAAACUAAGGGAUGAAGAGUUGCAGCCACAACUUGUUGAGCUGCUGCAAGGCCUAAUGAAAACAUGGAAGGUUAUGUUGGAAUCCCAUGAAACCCAGAACCAAAUUAUGUUUGAAGUGAAAUCUUUUACCUGUCCUGCCUAUGGGAAGUUCUGCCAUGACUCUCAUCGUCUUGCUACACUUCAGCUUGAGGCCGAGCUUCAGAAUUGGCGCACUUGCUUUACUGCUUAUAUGUCUGCACAACGAGCCUAUGUUGAAGCUCUUGAUGGAUGGCUUUACAAGUUUGUCGUCCCCGAAGUUGAAUUCUACUCCAGGGGCAGAUCCUCAAUGCCACCAUUUCGAGUCAAUGGCCCCCCACUGCUCGUUUUCUGUCAUGAUUGGCUAACCUCCCUUGAGAAACUGCCCGAUAAGGCAGUAACUUAUGCAAUGAAGAGUUUUGGGAAGGAUAUCAGGGCCUUGUGGGUCCAACAAGGGGAGGAGCAACAACAGAAGAGGAAGGUUGACAGACUUGCUAUAGAACUUGACAGGAGGGGUCUUGCAUUCCGGAGGGUUGAGAACAGAAUUCUUGAAUCCAAGGUUUCAGAACAAAAAACAGAGCCAGAUGAGCGGAAUCGGGUUGAGUACUUAUCAGAGAGGAAGGAUCAGUUAGAUGAGUUCAGGAAUAAACUGGAUGUGGAGAAGGCAAAGCACCUUAACUACAUACAGGAGACACAGAGGAUCACAUUAAGUGGAUUUCAGACUGGAUUUUCUUCAGUUUUUGAGUCACUUGCAGAUUUCUGCAAGGCUUCUCUGAAGAUGUAUGAUGAGCUUGUCACGUUCAUUGAAAAGGCAAAGGUGGAUGAGAAGGCUGGGAAUCCAUCAUACAUAGAGAGUUCUCAAGUGCAAGUUGAUGGUGAACAAAGUCAGAAACAAGAACAAGGUGUUGAGCACUGUGGAUCUUAAGGUUGUUGGGGAUUAUGGAGUGAACUUGUAUAUUAGAUGAUGUCGAAGCAGCUCGCUGAGACAUAUUUAUGGUAGGCUCUAAUUAGUUGAUGUAGCUGAUUAUUAUUGUUGACA